AACUACCUACCUGUGUUUCCUUUUAUGUCUCACACUCUCUUAUCAGUUCCAUACACUACUCCAAUGGCUAGUCUAAGCUUCAACACCACCAGAAUCAGAACUCCAACACUUCAAUCCCACAAACCCAUCUCCAAAUUUUCCUCUCUCGCAAAACCCAUCAAAGUUUCAUUCACUUUCCUCACAAAACCUUCAAGAAGAAACCAACAAAAACUCCACCCUAUCAGGUCUAGUUCUGUGUCAGAAAGCUCAGUUUUUGCACCGAAAGAAGUGGAAUUUGAUGAUGAUGAUGAAGAAGAGGACGACCCAACUGCAGAACUGAGCUAUCUUGACCCGGAAACCGAUCCCGGGAGCAUUUUGGAGUGGGAGCUGGAUUUUUGCUCUAGGCCUAUACUAGAUAUCAGAGGGAAGAAGCUGUGGGAGCUAGUUGUAUGUGACAGUUCUCUUUCACUUCAAUACACAAAGUAUUUUCCUAACAAUGUUAUCAAUAGUGUUACUUUGAAGGAUGCUAUUGUAUCAAUAAGUGAUGAUUUGGGAGUCCCUCUACCGGAGAAAAUCCGCUUCUUUAGGUCACAGAUGCAAACAAUUAUAACAAAAGCAUGUAAGGAGCUUGGUAUAAAACCUAUUCCAAGUAAACGGUGCCUUUCACUACUUCUAUGGCUGGAAGAACGUUAUGAGGCUGUAUAUAUGCGUCAUCCCGGUUUUCAAAAGGGAUCUAAACCGCUUCUAGCAUUAGACAACCCUUUCCCAAUGGAGCUUCCUGAGAAUCUGUUUGGUGAAAAAUGGGCCUUUGUCCAAUUGCCAAUUUCAGCUGUUCGUGAGGAGGUCUCAUCCUUGGACACAAGAUUGGUGUUUGGUGCAGGUCUAGAUUUGGAUUUACUGGGAAUUGAAAUUGAUGAUAAGACAUUAAUUCCGGGACUGGCUGUUGCCACUUCACGUGCUAGACCUUUAGCAGCUUGGAUGAAUGGACUGGAAGUCUGUUCAAUUGAGGCGGAACUCAGUCGUGCUUCCUUGAUUUUAUCUGUUGGAAUUUCUACUCGCUAUAUCUAUGCUACCUACAAGAAAACUCCUGUAACAACAAAUGAAGCUGAAGCUUGGGAAGCAGCUAAAAAAGCCUGUGGAGGCUUACAUUUCCUUGCCAUCCAAGAAGACUUAGAUUCAGAUGAUUGUGUUGGAUUUUGGCUCCUACUAGACUUGCCACCUCCACCUGUAUAAUUUAAAUUCUUAAAUAAGCUAACGCAAUCUCUCAAAAUUAUAUCACUUCACACAUCCUCAUUGCAGAAAUGAAUGUGAAUUUACAUUUUUCCUUUGUUCUUUUAA